CGCGCUAACAGAACACCAGCAUAUACGCACACUGCUCCUUAGUACAAUACCCUACAAGCACAGAACAAGCAAAGCAACAAAGGAUCAUCAGCCAAGAUGCCGGGAGAAGGAUGGCUAUACCUCCUCGCGGUGCUCAUCGCAGCAGCGCUACUCUUCACCAUGGUCUUCUACAUCAUCAUGUUCUCCGACCUCGAAUGCGACUACAUCAACCCGAUCGACCUCUGCAACAAGCUCAACCAGUUCAUCCUCCCUGAAAUGAUCGUCCACGCUUCCCUCACCCUACUCUUCCUCCUCAGCGGGCAAUGGCUGGUCUUCCUGCUGAACGUGCCACUGGUAGCAUGGAAUGCGAAAAAAGUGAUGGACAAAAACCACCUACUCGAUGCAACAGAGAUAUUCCGGACGUUGAACAGUCAUAAGAAGCAGGCUUUCAUCAAGCUGGCCAUCUUCUUGUUGAGCUUCUUCCUUUAUCUCUACAAGAUGAUUGUGGCACUGAUUGCGUGGGUAUGAGCUGGUUGAAUGAUGUAUCAUGGGAAAGGGCCAUAGAGAACAGGGAGACGAUGGCGGUACGUGCGCGAUUGGUGGGGAUGCGGGCUGGAGCCGCUACGUGCGGCCACAAUUGAGGAGCCUCAGGGGCAACCGGAAGAGUCUGCGUGGGGCGAUUAGGAGGGCCGCGGUCACUUUGCGCGUGAGCGAGGGACUGACGUCGUCUCUCCUCUUGACUCUGACAUCACAGGGACGUGGAGUGAGGUACCGAGGCCAAAGGAAAGAGAAGCAAAAGCACUUAAUGGGGAUCAGCGGCAACGAAGUCAUGUUAGCAGGCAAGAGAGCAUGAGGGGGCGAAUGAAGGAGGCGAAGCAAAGCACUCGACGGCG